CACCAAAGUGCCCCCGUCCACUCAAAAGAAAACUUAAUUGCAGCGUCGAGCAAGGAGAAGCUAGCGGCGAACCCAAUGUCGAGCCCUACGACUGACCAUGAGCGGCGAAAGCAGAUCAGUGUCCGAGGCAUCGCUCAGGUCGAAAACGUUGCCAACGUGAAGAAGGCAUUCAACCGGCACGUCCACUACACCCUGGUCAAGGAUCGCAAUGUCGCUACCCCGAGGGACUACUUCUUUGCCCUGGCCUACACAGUCAAAGACCAUCUGGUUGGCCGGUGGAUCCGCACCCAGCAGCACUACUACGAAAAGGACCCGAAGAGGGUGUACUACCUCUCCCUGGAAUUUUACAUGGGCCGUUCGCUCACCAACACCAUGGUGAACCUGGGCAUCCAGAACGCCUGCGAUGAGGCCCUCUAUCAGAUGGGUUUGGACAUUGAAGAACUGGAGGAGCUCGAGCAGGAUGCUGGUCUGGGUAACGGUGGCCUCGGACGUCUGGCCGCCUGUUUCCUCGAUUCCAUGGCCACCCUGGGUAUGGCAGCUUACGGAUACGGCAUCCGCUACGAGUAUGGCAUCUUCACGCAGAAAAUCGCCAAUGGAGAGCAGACCGAAGUGCCAGACGACUGGCUUCGCUUUGGCAACCCGUGGGAGAAAGCGCGGCCGGAGUACAUGAUUCCUGUCAACUUCUACGGUCGCGUUGAGAAGACUGACAAGGGCUUCAAGUGGGUUGAUUCGCAGCUCGUGUUCGCCAUGCCCUAUGACAACCCCAUCCCUGGAUUCCGCAACAACCGUGUCAACACCAUGAGGCUCUGGUCUUGCAAGUCUCCUGUAACCUUCAACUUUCGCUUCUUCAACGACGGAGAGUACAUUCAGGCCGUCCUCGACCGGAACCUGGCAGAGAACAUUUCCAGGGUGCUCUACCCGAAUGACAAUAUGUUCGAGGGCAAGGAGCUUCGGCUGAAGCAGGAGUACUUCAUGGUGGCAGCGACACUGCAGGACAUCCUCCGCCGCUACAAGUCGUCCAAGUUUGGCACGACCACACCGGUGCGCACCCACAUGGACCAGUUCCCCCAGAAGGUGGCCAUCCAGCUCAACGACACGCACCCGUCACUGGCCAUUCCCGAGCUCAUGCGCAUCUUCAUGGACGAGGAGGGCCUCGACUUCGACAAGGCUCUCGACCUGACGAUCAAGACGUGUGGCUACACAAACCACACAGUGUUGCCGGAGGCCUUGGAGCGCUGGACUUGCUCCAUGCUACAGAACAUGCUUCCGCGUCACCUGCAGAUCAUCUACGAGAUCAACGCCCGUUUCCUCGCCGAAGUGUCCAAGAAGUUCCCAGGGGACCAAGACCGGCUCCGGAGGAUGUCGCUGGUCGAGGAAGAAGGCGAGAAGCGAAUCAACAUGGCCCACUUGGCCAUUGUGGGCUCCCACAAGGUCAACGGCGUGGCGCGCAUCCACUCCGAGAUUCUCAAGAAGCGCUUGUUCAAGGACUUCUACGACAUGUACCCCGAGCGUUUCUCGAACAAGACCAACGGCAUCACGCCGCGCCGAUGGCUGCUGCUCUGCAACCCGAGCCUGGCCGAUCUCAUCGCCGAUAAAAUCGGCGAGGACUGGAUCGUUCAUCUGGAGCAGCUGCAGAAGCUGAAGACGCUGGUCAACGACAAGGCAUUCCUGCACGACCUGCAAAAAGUGAAGCAGGAGAACAAGAUGCGGCUGUGCGAAUACCUGCACAAGACGAUGGGUGUCAAGCUCAACCCGGCUUCCAUGUUCGACAUGCAAGUGAAGCGGAUUCACGAGUACAAGCGGCAACUGCUCAACUGUCUGCACGUCAUCUGCCUGUACAACCGCAUCAAGGCCAACCCGUCAGCACCGUUCGUGCCUCGCGUCGUCAUGAUCGGUGGAAAGGCAGCUCCAGGCUACCACAUAGCGAAGCAGAUCAUCAAGCUGAUCAUUGCGGUGGGCAAUGUGGUGAAUAACGACCCCGUGAUCGGGGACAAGCUGAAGCUCCUCUUCCUGGAGAACUACCGCAUCACCCUGGCCGAGAAGAUCAUCCCGGCCGCCGACCUCAGCCAACAGAUCUCCACGGCUGGCACGGAGGCCUCGGGAACCGGAAACAUGAAGUUCAUGCUGAAUGGCGCACUGACCAUUGGCACCCUUGAUGGAGCCAACAUCGAGAUGCGAGAGGAGAUGGGACCCGAGAACAUGUUCGUCUUUGGAAUGAACGUGGAGCAAGUCGAAGAGCUCCAGAGGAAGGGAUACAAUGCCUGGGACUACUACAACAAGCUGCCAGAGGCGAAGAAGGCCAUUGACCAGAUCAACAGUGGUUUCUUCAGCCCAUCCAACCCUAAUCUCUUCCACGACCUCACUGAUGUGGUGCUCAAGUACGACAGGUUCCUCCUGCUGGCCGACUUCGAGUCGUACAUGAAGUGCCAGGAGAAGGUGUCGGCCAUGUACAUGAAACCGGAGGAGUGGGCCAAGAUGUCGCUGCUCAACAUCGCCUCGUCGGGCAAGUUCUCUAGCGACCGAACCAUCUGCGAGUACGCCCGCGAUAUCUGGGGCGUCGAACCCACCUGGGAGAAGCUGCCUGCCCCGCAUGAGACCCGAGGCGAUGAGGACGAGAAGAAGUAGAGAAAGAAAAAAAAAGAUGGCGGCCAGACGAUGGGACAUGGCGAUGAAGGGGAGAGAAGACUGCCUGCCGACUGCAAGCACACACUGCUGCUACUUCUUGAAACCAACAAACCCAACC